AGCCGAAGCAAUUAAUAGAAAUACAAAAAAGUGAAGUUGACAUUGAAGUCGCAUCGUAUGUGUGGCUGUGUGUGAGUGCUUAAAACUUGUGCUGGUGUGCGAAAUUCUUUUGUGCUCCGUUUUGUUGUGCAUUAAAUAAUCUCGAAAUACGCUGGAAGUCGAGUUUCAAAUGCAAACGGCACGCUUCGUAUCCGAAUAGUUGUUUUGUAAAAAAUCAAUAAAGCGCCGUAAUUGUCGCCGUUCUGUAGUUGUUGUUGCUGCUGUUUGCUGCGACAGGAGUUUCCGCCAACAACUCGCGUCGUUCUCGCUCUCACCAAUAGCUCCUCUCUCUCUUUCCCCACGCGGUGUUGCUUAUCUUAUUUGCUCACACUUUACUAUAUCUCGUGUUGGAUUCGCAUUUGUUAGAUACUUCUAAUGAAAUUAAUUGUUCGCUUGUUUUUCGGUUUGGCACCAAAGGAAGGAGAUCAUUUCCAGCUUAACAACCAACGCAAAAGGAAACAGAAGCCGGAACAGGAAUCGACCAAAAAGUAAACGCAUUAGAUUGCAAGUCGUGCUGAAACGAUAUACAGCGAAUAGAGACCACCAAGAACUCGAAGACACAUCGCCAACAUGGUUGACUACUAUAAAGUUUUGGACGUGGCGCGAUCCGCCACCGAUAGUGAAGUGAAGAAGGCAUAUCGAAAACUGGCACUAAAAUGGCACCCAGACAAGAAUCCCGACAACCUGGAUGAGGCCAACAAGCGCUUCCGCGAGCUAUCCGAAGCCUACGAAGUUCUUUCCGAUGCACGUAAGCGCAGGAUCUACGAUGCCCGGGCCACGCUGCACAAAUCCUCGAACAGCGGAAGCAGCAGCAGCAACAGCAGCUCCUACACCCGCUACCGCAGCGGCGGCAGCGGUGGAUCGUCGUCCUAUGGACGUGACUACGACUACGACUACUAUCCGGGCUCGGGGUAUGGGUCUGGUGCCGGGCGGCGUUCCGGCAACCGCUACCAGGCCUUCACGUUCCGCAACAUUUUCGAGGGCACUCCGUUCCACAAGAUGUUCGAGAAAAAGCGCCGCAUAUACGAUGAGUAUGGCAAAGAUGGACUGGGCGAUCGCGGCCAGAGUCGCUCGCAUACCCGCCACCACUAUAGCACACACGAUUUCGAUGACUUUGAUAUUAUGGGCGGCUUUCAGUUUGCAUUCCGCCCGCCCGAGGAAGUGUUCCGUGAGUUCUUCGGCAUACACUCGCCCUUCGCCGACUUAUUCCGAGAUGCCAACGGUUAUUCGAAUGUCAGCACGAGCGGCUCGAGUGGCAGUCGACGCAAUGGCGGCAGCAGUGGAUCAUCUCGCCACCAUCAUCAUCACCACCAGCACAAAGUGGCCAGUCCGUUCGGGGCUCCAAUGCUUAACUACUCAAUGAUGGACUUCUUUAUGCCCACCAGCGGCUUCACCUCGUUCUCGUCGAUGACCAACGGCAAUGGCAGCAGCGGUGUCACCCACAUCUCCAGCGGACCCGGUGCCAGUGUCAAGCGCACCUCCACUUCGACGGUGUUUGUGGAUGGCAAGAAACUGAUGACCAAACGGGUCGUCGAAAACGGCAAGGAAACUGUCUUUUCAUAUGAAAAUGAUGUCCUGAAAUCAAAGACUGUGAUGGGCUCCCUUCAAUAGCUAAUUAAUUAAAUUCACACAUAAUAUAUAUAUAUAUCAACAUAAAUCAACAAAGGAAAAGUCAUAAAUGUAAAGCCGAAUGAAUAUUAACUAACAAGCCCAAGAAGAACUCGGAAUUCGUUACCGCUUCGAAAUAUGAUACGUUUAACCACUUUGUUCUACACUACAAUUUAGUUACUUUUAAUGGACCGAACAGCAGCAUAAAUGAAUCAAUCAGCCAGCGAAGGACCAAGCAACAGCAGAAACACUACCAGCAGCGAUAUCCACACCAAAAAUAUGGAACAUGGAACAGGCCAGGCCAUUGAAUUAAAUCAUAAAUCAAAAUUCCCCGUAAUAGCGAAGUAUCGAAAUUUAUUUUUAAAGCAUAAUUUUUGCAUACUGCUGCCCUACUACAAAAUUGCACCGGUGGAAUAAAGCCAGCACCAUCGGCACGAGAAUCAAUUGAAGACCCAUACUGACAAUUUA